UCUGCCAUCCUACCCCGGUCUAUUCGCUGACUCAGUGCCUUAAACAGCAUCACCGUUCACCUGAACAGAGCAACAGCAUCCUCUGCGGAGAAAUCCAUCAGCCAUGGCUAAAACAGCAACCGCAUACAAAGAGAAGAUGAAGGAGUUGUCUGUCCUCUCCCUCAUCUGCUCCUGCUUCUACCCAGAGACACGCAACAAGCUUGAGCAUGAGUUUGAAGACAUGGAGGUGAAACCUAUUAACAAGCGGGCUUCUGGCCAGGCCUUUGAGGUGAUUCUCAAGCCUCUGUCUCCAGUGUCAGACGUAGCCCAUAACCUCCCCUCACCCCCCAAGAGGGACAUCUCCUUGGAUGACAUUGAGAAGAAACUGGAGGCUGCUGAAGAUCGUAGGAAGUAUCAGGAGGCCCAGGUGCUGAGGGCUUUGGCAGAAAAGCGAGAGCAUGAGAGGGAUGUGUUGCUAAAGGCCAUGGAAGAGAACAGCAACUUCAGCAAGAUGGCAGAGGAGAAGCUCCAGAUGAAGAUGGAGCAGAUCAAGGAGAACCGUGACGCCCAUCUGGCAGCCAUGCUUGAGCGUCUACAGGAGAAGGAGAGACAUGCAGCUUUGGUGCGCAAGAACAAAGAGCUGAGGGAAGAGCUGACAGCAUGAGCCUCAAAUAAGUCCUGACUUCCAUGGUCCAUCAACGUCCCUCCAUCCAACCCCGCCCCCCUCCUCUCCCUGCCCUCACCCUCCUCAGAACAGACACCCAACCCU